UGAUGUGGUUGUAAUUCUUCAACCAGAUAAGAGUUAUGUUCUCUUUUAUGGGAGAUAGUCUAUAAGAAGUGCACAUGUGCGGUUAUCGUAUCCGAGCAGAAAACUACAAUACAGAUGUUGACCGGCCCACAGCUCAUCCAAUCACGCACUUGCUCAUCCUAUCACACGCUUCCAGAGGGGGGCAGAGUAUCUUUAAAAGGUGCAUCUGGUGCAAGGGUGCGCAGCAUCUGUCGACCUGCACAGGGAACUGAAAAGCUGCAAACAUGGUAGAAUGGACAGACUUCGAGCGUGCCACCAUUCAGGACAUCUUCUCCAAGAUGGACUAUGAUGUCGUGGGCCCCACAGCUCUUUCCAGGUGUUUGGUUGUCUACCCCUGGACUCAGAGGUAUUUCGGUAACUUUGGAAACCUGUACAACGCCAAUGCUAUCACUUCAAACCCCAUGGUUGCAGCUCACGGGAAAGUGAUCCUGCACGGCAUGGACCGGGCUGUGAAGAACAUGGACAACAUCAAGGAAACCUAUUCGGAACUGAGCGUGCUGCACUCCGAGAAGCUGCACGUGGACCCUGACAAUUUCAAGUUGCUGUCUGACUGCCUGACCGUUGUGGUUGCUGCGAAGUUGGGUAAUGAGUUCACUGGUGAAGUGCAGGCAGCUUUCCAGAAGUUCCUGGCCGUGGUGGUGACCUCUCUGGGCAGGCAGUACCACUAGAGGAGAAUAUCCAAUUUGUUUCAAAUCUGUCUUUGUCCCAAUGGCAAAAUAAACGGUGUCAAAACCAUGAAGCUCUA